AUGACCACCAAAACAAAUCUAAAGCGAAUCCGAGAGAUUCUUAUUACAGAUAAUACUAAUGAAUUUACUGAUAACAUUUCUGAGGAUGAUGAAUCAAAUUCUGAUCCAGAUUAUUCUUUUUCUGAUACUGAAUCAGACGACACAUCCACUGAUGAACGUAUUUCGAACGAAGAAGAUUCAUCUGAUGCUCAUAUUAGCAACGAUGAUACACAAAUAAAUGCACAACCUGAAUCAAUAGAAAAAGGUGGUGUAUCGUGGUCAACACAGCGGCCUACAGUUCAAGGUCGUGUACAUGCCAUCAACAUAAUGAAGACAAAACCAGGUCCUGUUACUCAAUUACCACAACAUUUCAUACCAAGUGAGAAUCUUACUAUUGAUGAACAAUUAGUACCAUUUCGAGGUCGAUGUUCAUUUGUACAAUACAUGCCGAAAAAACCCAGUAAAUAUGGACUUAAAUUCUGGGUACUUUGUGAUGUUGAUAGUAGAUAUGUAUUAGCAUUAGAAUUAUAUACUGGAAAAAUAGGUAAUGUUAUCCAACGAAAUCUUGCAACAAAUGUUGUUUUACGAUUGGUAGAUCAAUUACCUAAUAAGGUUAAACAAGGUCGUAAUGUUACUUAUGAUCGAUUUUUUUCUGAUUUCCACUUGGCCCAAGCUCUGUUGGAACGCAAAAUGACCUCACUUGGCGUUGUUAAUCAUAAACGUUGUUUCAUUCCCAAUGAAUUGAAGGUUAUUCGAAACGACUUGUACUCAUCUUGGUUUUAUUUUGCUGGUCAAACUAUGAUCUUAUCAUAUCAAGCAAAACAAAAAAAACCACCAGUUAUAUUAUUAUCAACAUUACAUGAUUUUCCUGAAAUAUUGGAUGAUGAAAAAAAGCUUCCAGCCAUGAUUCAUGAUUAUAAUGAAACAAAAAUUGGAGUGGAUGUGGUAAAACUCGCGCUUCAAUCUCUUGGUUAUGAAUUGAAACCAGAAAUUUCAUUAGCUCAAGUUAAUACAAAUGAUGUUAUUAAGAUAAAAAAAAGAUGUUAUCUUUGUCCAGUAAAUCCUGGUCGCAAAGUUCGACAAAGUUGUGAUAUAUGUCAAAACAAUGUUUGUAAUUCUCAUUCAAGUAGCAGCACAACAGUCAUUUGUCAAGAAUGUGAAAAAAUGAUGUAA